UUUGUUUAUAUUUAUACAGCAGUAGCGGAAUUUUUCUGAAAAACAAAGGACUGGCCAUUAAUGCAGCAGCAUGCACACGGCUCAUUUCAAGAGCGAAUAGUUUAAAGCUAGCCAAAAAAUCUUCAAUGGAUUUCCAGCCUCCGUGCAAAAGCAAGUGUACGGGGCCAUCUAAUUGUUGAGUCAUCAACAAUUAACAAAAAAAAACAAUAGCAGCAGCUCAAGCAGAAGCAGUAGCAGCCUUGGGGGCGAGCAUUAACACCACCAGCCAAGGUGCCACAGGUGAGACGAGACAAGGCGUAGUCUUUCGCCUUGAUGGCGUAAGCUGAUCCAACAAACAACCCCAACAUCUUCGCCCAUCAACCACACCAGGCGUUACGCGUCGUUGACUAAGAGCACGCACACAGGCAGACACGCGCUCACCCAAAAAAUACACUAUGGAGGACUACAAAUUUCUAUUCAAAAUCGUGCUCGUUGGCAACGCGGGCGUUGGCAAAACCUGCCUGGUGCGUCGCUUCACCCAGGGCCUUUUCCCACCCGGCCAGGGUGCCACCAUUGGAGUGGACUUCAUGAUCAAGACAGUAGAGGUGGAGGGUGAGAAGAUCAAGCUACAGAUAUGGGACACUGCCGGACAGGAGCGAUUCCGAUCGAUCACCCAAAGCUACUAUCGAUCCGCUCACGCCCUGAUCCUGGUGUACGACAUCAGUUGCCAGCCCACGUUCGACUGCCUGCCCGACUGGCUGCGCGAGAUACAGGAAUACGCCAACUCCAAGGUCCUCAAGAUACUCGUGGGCAACAAAACGGAUCGUGAUGACCGCGAGAUUCCCACACAAAUUGGCGAAGAGUUUGCCAAGCAACAUGACAUGUACUUCCUGGAGACAUCCGCCAAAGAGGCGGAGAAUGUGGAGCGUUUGUUCUACGAGAUAGCCGCCGAACUGAUUGGCCAGGCACGCAGCAAAGACGGCAGCAGUGCUGCAGCUGCGGCGGCCGCACAGCGGCAGUCGGACGGCAGUUCCAUUGGAUUAGCCAGCUUAGGUGCCAAAGCAGCGCAAAGCAAUUGCUGUGGCGGUCUGGCCAAUGCUGGCGGUGGAUCAAGUGCUUCGAACACUAGUCAAGGCGGCUGAACAAUGGAUGGCCAAAACAAAUAACUAGAAACUGAGCAGCUAAACUGAAAUUUGUAACUAGUUUAAGGGCUUAAUCGUGAUAUUCAAUUUGAUAUUUUGAUAGAAAAUGAGACACACAUUCAGCUGCAAUCCCCUUGACUUCCCAUGUAUUUAUUUUGGUUCAAAUCACGAUUAAGAUCUAUCAAAACUA